AUGGCCACCGGAGAUUUGAUAAUGGGGAUGAUCUUCUUAUCACGAACUAUUACAGGAAUCCUGGGAAAUCUCUCUCUUCUUUCCCAUUAUCUCUAUCUCUACUUCACAGGAUGCAAGUUCAGGCCCACAGAUUUGAUCAUCAAACACCUGACUGUAGUCAACUGCUUAGUCAUUCUCAUCAAAGGAGUUCCCCAAACCAUGGCAGCUUUGGGGAUGAAGGAUUUCCUCAGUGAUGCUGGGUGCAAGCUUGUGUUCUAUGUGUACAGAGUGAGCAGGGAUGUGACCACCUGCAACACCUGCCUCCUGAGCAUCUUCCAGGCCAUCAUCAUCAGUCCUGAGAACCCCAGGUGGGCAGAAUUUAAAGCAAAGGCUCCCAAAUGCAUUGGCCCUUUUAUUAUACUUUUCUGGAUACUGAACUUCAUACUAAAUAUCAUGGUACCUCUGUAUGUAACUGAGAGAAAAACUGGCAAAAAUAUCACAGAGAAAGUUGAUCAUGUGUACUGUGCUUCUUUGCAUUCUGGAAAAUUCAUGGAGUCCCUGUAUGCAGCUGUAGUAUUUUUACAAAAUGUUCUUUUUGUGGGCUUCAUGCUGUGGUCCAGUGGCUACAUGGUUUUCAUCCUGUACAGGCACAAGCAGCAGGUCCAAUACAUCCAUAGAACCAAUGUCUCCUCCAGGUCCUCCCCAGAGUCCAGAGCAACUCACAGCAUCCUUGUCCUGGUGAGCUUCUUUGUGUUAUUUUGCAUUUUCUCCUCCAUCCUUCACAUUUGCUUGAGUGUUUUAAACAAUCACAGUCUGUGGCUGGUGAACCUCUCUGCUCUAAUCACUGGCAGUUACUCAACUGUGUGUCCCUACAUUCUCAUGAGCCAUGAUUCAAGAGUCCCCAGGCUCUGCUGUGCCUGCACCAGGAAUAGAGAAUGA